ACCAAAUCAUUAUUAAUCGACGUGCUGAUCAUCAAACAACAAAGACUAUAAAAGGAAAAUUAUUAUAUUCAUUAAAUGGCGCAGACGAGAAAGAUUUACAUGAAGCAUUACUAAAUAGGAAGGCUGUAUUUUUUCUAGGCUUAGUCGAACCAUCUGAUCACCCUGAUUAUUAUUAUAUUAAAAAGUAUCAUGAAUCAGAAGUUAUCGAUCUGGAUCAUAAUGAUGAAUCGAUGGAAGUUGAAAAAAGUAGUACUACUUAUCUUCAACCGAUGAUAGAAUUACUGACUAGUGAUUUUAUGUCUCCGGACAAUAAAAACAAGAUUUAUCUCGGAUUUACUGAUGAAACAUAUCAGGAAAUAAUCUGUCUUUAUAAUGACAAAG